AUGUUUAUAACUUCUUGCCGUAGGUACUUAAAAUGGCGAUCGUUAUGCGGUGUACAAUAUUUGAGCUUGUUAUGGGACUCGUUUUUGUUACAACAAGCAGUGCAGUGAAAGAUUCGUGUCCUCUACAAAUUCUAGAGAUUAACGGAAUUCGUUUAGUCGAUUGUUCAUCAGAACCUGCAAGUGCAACCAAUUCUUACGUGGCCCACGGGAUUACAUGUAGCGUGACCUGUAAAUCGUACUAUUCUGAUAUAACACGGAUCCAAUGUUUUGAAGGACAAUGGCAAGGCUCACCCAUACAAUGUCCAGAAAAUGAGCAAAGAGAAACAGUCAAAAUAUCACGAAGAAAGCGUUCCUGUUCAUUUAGUGUAUGUAGCCUACCGGCAGCGACUAACUCUGGAAGUGAACCGCAUCUUAAAUGUCCGGAAGCUAUAACUCAGUUUGGGGAUCCUUACCAGACACAUGCUAAAGUUUUCUGGACCGAGCCUACAGCAACUGACGAUAGAGACGGUAUAAUAACACCCAAAAGGCAUGGUCUCGCUCCCGGUCUACUCUUCUCCGAAGGCAUAACUACUGUUGGUUACUCAGCCAGGGACAGAGCUGGAAACAUGGCAACUUGUACAUUCAGAAUCAAUAUAAUUGUAAUCCGAUGUCCUUUCCCAGAGAUAAUUACAGAUGGUUGGCGAAUUUGUCAUCCUAGUCAGGACUUUGUUUUAGCCGCAAACUGCCGAGCUGGUUGCUACGGGGGACAUGAUUUAAAUGGUGCCAGCCACUAUAAAUGUCUAAAGUCAAAGCAAUGGUCGGACAGUACGCCUAUCUGUGAAAAGAAGAUAUGUCCGCCUUUGAGAGGGAACCCAGACAAACAUUAUGAUGUUUUAUGCACGGAUGAGAGUUACUAUCGUAGUGUCUGUACCUAUACAUGUCACAAAGGAUACGGAGUGGCUAGUGGAAUGUCCAGGGUACGGGUCUGUCAAGAAGAUGCCAUUUGGAGAGGAAGAAAACCCGAGUGUAUAGACAACGAACCGCCAAAUUUUCUCUCGUGCCCAAGUACAAUCGUAGAAAUCGCUGUCAAGGGCAAGGACAGCACCACGGUGUCAUGGCCGAUUCCGAUAGUUGAUGACAACUCGAGAGAAGAUAUUAGUCCGGUGUUAAUUAAAGGGAAACAACCCAGUUCUACAUUCACGAUUGGUGUUCAUACUAUUGAAUAUAGUGCUAAAGAUUCGGCUAAUAAUAAACCCAAGACAUGUAAAUUUAAAGUGGUCGUUAAAGAGAUAAUAUGUCAUACAUUAUAUCCACGGGUAUAUCAAACAGUGUCCUGUCCAGAUGGUUAUCGUUAUGGUUCAGAGUGUAUUUUUGGAUGUGAUAGUGAAAUGUCGUUGUCUGAAGACCCUAAAACUACAUGCCACAAAACAGGAAGAGCGGGACGACCGGCCUAUGGUGUUUGGUCGUUUGGUAGUUCUCAACCUAGUUGUGAAAUCACUGCCAGUUGUCCACCUUUAACAUCACCGGACAAUGGUGCCAUAGCCUGUGAUAAUUGGUAUGGCGGGAAGGUCUGUCAGUUACAGUGUCAAAAUGGAUAUGAUUUAGCUCGUGAACACCGAGCGUUUAUUGAACAGAAACUGAUGAUUUGUGGAGACUCUGGUGUCUGGAAUCUGGAUGUUAACUUUCCUAGUAUUGUACCAAGAGAAUGCAAAAAAAUGCAAAGCUCUAAUGGCCGACUUUUGAUGGAAAUGCAUUUUUAUUAUGAAGGUGAUUGUAACAAUCCAAGCACCAAAAAUGAUAUCCAGAGCAAUUUUAUUACUAAUGUCAAGUUAAAUAAUAUUGGAUGCCCAGCGGCUUCAGCCUGUGUGGAAGUCAAUGUUAAUGUUGAAUGUGGGGUCAGUAGAGUAAAAAAGAGUGCUGACAUUAAUGAAACGAAUGCCAACGUUACUUAUGUGGCUAACACACUCCAUCUUAACAUACUUAUAAAAGCUUUAGAGAAUGACACAAUAGAUGACGUGAACGCAAGAACCACUGACGUUAUUACGCAUGUGCUUACGUUAAAAGAAACCAAUUUUACGGCUGGAGAUGGGGUGGUUACAAUUUUUAAAAUAGACACACCCACUUUGAGCGUUGAUUGUUCUGAUGGCUAUGUUUCUUCUGAUACUGGUAUAUACUGCAUACCUUGUCCUAUAGGCUCGUAUCAUGAUAAAACCCUAAACCAGUGUUUGAAAUGUCCGGUUGGUCAGUGGCAAGGUAAAGAAGGGAAGGCAUUUUGUAUACCAUGUUGGGUUGGUAGUACGACAAGGAUAGAUGGCGCUGUUGGUAGGGAUCAGUGUGAAAAUGGCUGUCCUGUGGGUACAUCUUCAGCUAAUGGUAUAGCACCAUGUACACCUUGUGGUAGAGGUCAGUACCAGUCAGACAUUGGUCAACGGUCUUGUGUUCGGUGUCCUGGAUCACAAACAACGGAAACAGAGGGUUCAUCAGAUAUUUCAUCAUGCUUAGAUUUUGAUAUACAGUUUCUAGGCAUGGGAAACGACAGUAUCGCUGUUCAGUAUGUAGAAAGUUCCGUGGAAGUAGAAGAUAUUAGUUUAAGUUUUUGGUUUAGCUGUUCAAUAUGUACUAACUUGUUUCAAAUGAAAGAUGAAACGAUGACAUGGAUAGAUAUGAAUAUAACAAAUACAUCAUUAAUCGUCACCAUAGAUCAGCAUGAUUAUAAUCUAGAACUUCCUUCCUUAACUAACAAAUGGCACCUUGUGAACCUUAUCCUAACUAACAAUAGUCUUAAAGUCUGGAAUGAUGGAACUCUGAAAAUAAACGAAGAUAUCAUUGGUAUAACUCAUAAUAUAUCUUCUAUUGAAUUAGGAGGUACGGAAUUCGUGGGAUCAAUCAGCCAAUUCCACGUGUGGAAUAACUCGAGAGAUAUUGCUGAUCAACCAUCUAAAUGUUUUGGUAAUUUGAGUGGGAACCUGAUAACAUGGAGAGACUUUAUACUUGCUGGAUUUGAUGGUUCAUUUGUUGAUUUACCCAGCACUUGUGAUGAUACCGAUGACUGUCAAUCACAUCCAUGUCAAAAUAAUGCAACGUGUGAAGAUGGACUUAAUGAAGUCACGUGUCACUGUGUCGUGGGAUUUACAGAUAAAUUCUGCCAUGUCAAUAUAAACGACUGUAUUAAUGGCGUAUGCUUGAACAACGGCACGUGUAUUGAUGACGUCGAUGAUUAUCAUUGUGGUUGUCCUACUGGUUUUAAAGGGAAGUAUUGUGAAAUUGUUGUUGUUGAUGGGGGUUGGACUGAUUAUGGUAAUUGGUCAGUCUGCUCUGCAUCUUGUGGUAACGGUACCAGGUACAGAAAACGUGUUUGUGAUGAUCCUAGCCCAGAUAAUGGAGGUCUGGAGUGUGAAGGGGUUGAUACUGAGGUUGAGGAAUGCAUACAAGCUGAAUGCAAAGUCUGUGAAGAUAUAGUUGCUCCUGAAAAUGGUUACAUCGAUUGUGACAACUCAACAGAUCAUAUAAUAUGUACAACUGGGUGUAACCAAGGCUACAUGAAUGAUAUACCACCUUUAAAACAAUAUUUAUGUGGACCAUCAACUUUCUAUGAAUGGAAUUAUCAUAGCGUAUAUAAUCCUUACAAACGACUUCCAUAUUGUUCUAAGUUUGAACCAGCAGUUACACUAAGCGUCAUAUUUGGCGGAACCUAUAGCAACUUAAACUGUGAACAGGCUGAUUUCACAGACAAGUUUCAGGAACAGACAAAACAGCAAAUAACAACAUUGCUAUCUAAAUUAGACUGUGUCAAAUCUCAAAUGUGUACUGUGGAUACAGUGAAAGUUUCAAGUUGUGCUAAUAUUGGGGACCGACAGAAGAGGUCACUGGAUGAAAACAGAGCUUCAAUUGAAGUUGUUAUUUCUUCCUUAUCACAAACAGAUCACAGUAAUAAAAUAAAACAACUCCAAGAAGCGAUUUCUUCGUUAGAUUCAUCGGCGCUUAAAGGAGAAUUUACGGUAGAUGUUUUACAGAAUAUCUAUGAAUUAAACAAUAAUUCUACAGAAAGCCAGGGUAAAGCAGGUUGUCCAGUUGGAAGUUGGCCAUAUGAUGUUUAUUGUGUACCAUGUGGUUUAGGAUCUUAUAUGAAGGAAGAUUAUUGUGAAUUGUGUGAAAUUGGUCAGUAUACAGAUGCUGUUGGUCAAACGGGAUGUAAAACAUGUCCUGUUGGUAAAACUACAAGAGGUCUAGGAUCUAGAGAUGAGUCAGAAUGUGAUGUUGAUGCCCCAAUCCCAGUUCAAGCUGUAUCCAUGGCUUUAAUUGUGGGCUUAUCUGUUAUGGUUGUUUUGGUCCUAGUUAUAAUAAGUAUCAUUUUCCUACGCAAGGGUAAACGGUUAUGUAGAAAGCGGAAACCUAAAGGUUUUGACAAUGCAGCUUAUGAGUUACACGGGCGGCCAGACAAACAGAUACCAAAAACAGCAUGGAGCGAAAAAAGUCUGUCUACAAACGAGUAUGUUAUGUGAACUUUAAUGAAUAGUAUUUUUAGACCGCUAGACUUUGUAUUUCUGUGAAGAGUGUUCUCAUCCUUUACGAAAGUGUUUUCGUAUGACAAAGGUCUGUGAUAUCUGUAUAUUUUGUUAUAAAUACACUGAAAUCUACUUUAUCUAUGUACAGAUUGAUAUUAUAAUGUUGUAUAAUCGUUCCAAACUUAUUUUAUACUAUUUAAUUAAUCCCGCCGUUACCCCUUUCCCGGUAGUCUUCAAUUCUAAAACAAAGUCUAAAUUAUUCCUCCAGUUAGCUGUAGGUGUUAUCCCUUUCCCAGUAGUCUUCAAUUCUAAAACAAAGUCUAAAUUAUUCUUCCAGUUAGCUGUAGGUGUAGGAACACCUGGUUUCACUUCUCUUUUAUUUGGAGAGUUGGUAUCGUCAACAAUGUUGCCCUUUUAUCGGACGUGGGAAACUUAUGUCAUUAUUGUUGUGUAUAGUUUUCGGAUUAGCUACACCAUGUGAAAAUGUAUAACCCUAUUCUGCAUGAUAAAAAAAUAGCAAUAGUCUUGAAAGUAAAAAAAAAACAGACUCCAAAUGUGGACCCCGAGGUGUCAGUAGUCUAUCAAUGUCAAAUGAUGCGCCCCCUUAUAUUUGUUUGAACUUUUGACAACUAUAAAUGAAACGUACCCUAAGAUCGCAAAACAAAAGCGUACUUUCUGUUGCUAAAAGAAAAAUAGAACAAUUUGGUGAUAAAAAUCCCAUCGCUUCUGCAGCUCGUCUUUGGAAUCAGUUGUCAGUACACAUCUCAAACUUACACAAAGUCACGGGUAAACAGUUUUUUUAUUUAAGCUCUCUUAUCCAGAUUAGAAACGGAUUGUUUUAUGUAUUCGCGCAUUUCAGACCAUAACUUCUUGGAUUGUGGCUCCUGGUUGUACGAAAAAUCACGUUUGAAAAGAGGAGCACGAGAAACCCCACGAGGUUGGACAGGCGACCCACUCCUGUUCACUUAACGGGGAAUCGAAAGCACGUCACUUGACUUAAUGACAGACCUUACAAUCUAGCGCGCACGCGUUAAACCAUUUAGCCACCCAACUCCCCUCUUAGCAUGCGUAAAUGGAUGGAUUAUUGAGUGCAUUAUAAAUUUACAUUAUUAUUAUUUUAUUAUUUGCCAUGGAAUUUACUUUAGAAAGAUAAACCGUUAUCGUAAAUAAUUUUAAAUUGGAAGUUUCCGGCGUUGCUCGUCCUUGUCAUCGAUGCCUGGCAAGGGAAACGUAUAGUCGUUCCGAUGGACGAAAGACCGAGGUCUCGUGCAUGUACACAUUGGCGUGCACGUAAAAGAACCCUUGGCAGUAACGCCGCUGUCCGGGCAAAAUGUCCCUCAUAGCCCACUGUAUGGCGUAUUCCCGUCUUUAUAGACCCAGUCGGAGCAGAACAAUAAGACGUUAAAUCUCAUUUCAUUUCUAAAUUAUUAGUAGUAAUCGGCCACUUCUUAUUAACACCAAGAUAAAUACGUUUUGUUUAAAUUUUGAUAUAUGAAUUUUAUUAGUAACUUCCAGCUCACCUAUUAUGGUGAUCCGUAGACACCCACCCAUUGUUUUUUUUAGAGCUACUGAUUUCUCUAUCUAUUGAGAUAAGACUAUCGCACCUCAUGAUUAAAAUAAAGCUAAAUAUAAUUGCAUCAUUUUUUUGUGAUAUAUAUUAUUGGCUUUUUUACCAUAAUGAAUUAUACUGCGACUAGAUUAAUUAUAUUUAUAAUAAAACUUUAUAA